AUGCUGGCAGAUGCCUUGUUCGCCAGUUCUGAGCGUCUGCUCGUUGAGCAGCAAGAGACCUACGCCUACCUCUACGCAUACGCGGCGGUAACGUUAGAAGAGAUUGAUCCGGACACUGAACGCCGCUUAUCCUCAGACCGAAGUCGCGUGGCUGAAGCCUGCAAGGAAGUGCUAGAGGCCAGCCGUAUAUGCCGACACGUAAGUUGUUGA